CACCCCCUAAUCAUGGAAGCUCCGCCGAAUACUAUCAAUUCCAAUUCGUCCAGAGGCAGCCCAGUUCUUUAGGCCAUCAUGAAUCUGUAUAUAGCACCUCAAUCUAAUCAUAUCAUGAAUAUCCCCAUACUUCACACAUCCUCGAAUCAUGUUCUCAACCACAAGACUAUGGUUCCGGCAACUGCACGCCCUGAUAAGGAAAAUCUUCCUAAUCACGCUCGUCAAGCACUGGCUCUCAACACUCCUCCGAGCUCUCCUCAUCCCCGUCCUGAUUCUCGUUCUAGUCCUUCAAAUCCAGAACUUCACCGGCGAUGGAAGCAGGGUUCGAACGCAGGGCCUGAUGUUGAGGGUGUUAUUGACAAGAUCAAGAGUGGUUUGAAGGGGAGUGUUGAAGUUGCUGAUACUGAGGCUGAUUUACGAAAACGAUGUCCCACGAGUCUGAGCGGGGUAACGAAUUGUUACGCUGCUAUUAUCUUCAGCGAUUCGCCGUUGAGCAAGGCGGGGAAUAAGACAUGGAGUUACACCAUCAGGGUUAGUUCCGCACGAGCAUCAACCAAAUUCGACAUCACCACGCCUUCGAAGAACCACUACGCACCAUUACAACUCGCCGUCGAAAAUGCCAUCACGAACUCGACUACGACUCCGAAUAACUACAUGUUUACGAGGAUAACACAAGAUGAAGCUGCCGAGUUGAGGCGUCGUAACUUUGCGGCGACUAUCGUCGGUGGUUUUGGAAUCGUGUGUUUUCUGAGUAUGAUAUCUUCCGUGUUUCACAUCAUUGGGAUGAUAUCGACUGAGAGGGAGGCGGGGAUGGCGCAGUUGAUUGAUGUCAUGACGGGUGGUGCUGCUUCGGCGAGAGUGUUGAGUUAUCUUAUUGCUUUUGAUAUCAUCUACUUGCCAAGUUGGAUCAUCUUUGGAGCCUUGUACGCAACCCUCCUUGUCCCGACCUCGAACGCCGGCAUCGUCAUCCUCUGGCAGAUCCUAUCCGGCCUAUCCCUCACAAGCAUGAGCGUCUUCGCAGCCACCAUCAACAUCCGAUACACCGCCAUAUCCAUGGUCAUUGUGCUCAUGCUCCUCGCCACGCUCUGCGAAAUCCUCGACUCGAAACCUGAGAACGUUCCUGCACUUAUCGUCCUGAUCCUAUCCGCUAUCUUCCCGAGCUCGAGCUACAUCUUCUUCCUGAACCAACUAUGCCGAAGCGAAUCACAAGGUCUCGCAACGAACAUCUCGAAACCAGCUCCCCAUCAACCUCGCAUAUACGAAGUCACAGUAUCUAUGCUAUGGGGACUAUUGUCCCUUACCAUAGUUUUCUAUCCCUUGGUAGCUAUCCUUAUAGAGAAGUGUUCUCACGGGGUUAGCAACAAGGGAAGGGAAUUCUCAAGCGCCAAUGGAACGACCGAUUCCCCAACUGCCCUUGAGAUCGUCGACCUUACGAAAACUUACAAACCUUCCCUCUGGAGACGGUGCUGCCGAAGAGCUCGUCCGACGAUCGCUGUCAACUCGCUUAGCUUUUCCAUGCAGAGGAAGCAAGUCUUGUGUCUUCUCGGUAUCAAUGGAUCUGGCAAGACCACAACACUAGGUUUGAUCGCUGGUACACAAAAGCUUACCAGUGGCUCGAUACGUGUCAAUGCUCCUCGUUCCAAUCUUGGCAUCUGCCCUCAACGCAACAUCCACUGGCCCGAGCUUUCAGUUCUCGAACACGGUAGACUAUGGGCCAUGAUGAAAGGCGGGUCAACAGACCCUCAAUCAUUAGACACCCUCGUCGAAUCCUGUGAUCUCUCCUUAAAGAAGCAUAGUCCCGUCGGAACUCUAAGCGGAGGCCAGAUGAGAAAGGUCCAAAUGCUAUGUAUGUUAGCAGGCGGUAGUUCAAUAUGUCUCAUGGACGAAGUCACCACCGGCAUGGACCCUGUGUCUCGAAGAGCAAUGUGGAACAUCAUCCUCGCCGAACGUCAAAAACGAAGCCUUAUCCUCACAACCCAUUUCCUCGACGAAUGCGAAGUUUUGGCCGAUCAAGUCGUCAUUGUAUCACACGGCCACGUCAAAUGUCAAGGUUCAACAGCAGCAUUGAAGAACCUCCACGGAGGAGGUUAUCGCGUACAUUUACCUGGUGUUCAGAAUCCACCGGAGACGCCAUAUGUUACGACUGUACAUCAAGGGCAGACUGUGUUCAACACUCCUGAUUCGACAUCUGCUGCACAGCUUUUGACGUCUCUACAAGCGGGAGGAUACUCAGAUACAUCGCUAAGUGGGCCAACUAUGGAAGAUGUUUUCCUCAAAGUCGCUGAUGACGGUGACGAUGACGACGAUGGAACUUCUGAUCGGAGUCCUUUCCUUGGAGGUAACGAGACACCAGACAGUCAGCUUAGUUCAGGAACACAAGCCUCAUUCCUCCAGCAACUGUCAGCUCUACUCGUAAAGCGCCUUCUAGUUCUCAAGAGAGGCUUCUGGUGGUAUAUACUCGCCCUAGCAAUCCCACUAAUCUUCACACCCAUCUUCAGCGCCAUGGCCAACGAUCCUACUCCCUUCCAACCAACACCCUGCGUAUCAGCCGACUCAUCAAUUCUCGACGAACCGUGGCCCAUUGCUCUUCGUCCAGAUAGUUACUACGAUCUCGCAGGUUUCGACAAUAUAUCUAUGCUCGUCGGUCCAAACUCUCUCAACAAGACCCUGUUCCGCUCUUUAUCGAAGUUUCCUGUUGGGAAAGAGUAUGAUAUUAAGGCUUAUCAGGAUCAGUUCAAGUUCCAACAUGACUAUGAUGCUUUCCUGAAACAAGUUCGUGAUAAGCCGAGGGAGCUUGUCCCUGGAGCGUUGUACAUGAAUGGGAAGGAUAAAAACACGCUUGCUUACAACGCUGAGCUUGGACCGGAUGGAUCAAUGUUGAUGUUGAAUAUGUGGAGUCAACUAAAGAGUGAAACUCCAAUUUCUCUGUCGUUUGCGUACUUCAGUUCAUCUAUCCCAUCUGACCCUGGCCCAGGAAUGUUUCUCGCUAUCCUGCUCACUGUUUUGCACGUCCUAUACCCAGCCUUCUUUGCCCUAUACCCGGCGUACGAACGACUUCGCAAGAUCCGAACCCUACAAUACUCCAAUUCUAUCCAACCUCUUGCACUUUGGACAUCACAUAUCAUCAUCGAUAUUGUUUUCGUUCUCAUUAUUUCCUGCCUAUCAACAUUGUUUAUCUCUUUGAUCAUUUUGAAGUGGUACGGCGUUUGGCAUUUGUUUCCUGUCAUGCUGCUGUAUGGCUUUGCGAUGAUGCUCUCGUGUUAUAUCAUCUCCCUCUUUGCCCGAUCUGAACUCUCUUCUUUUGGUAUAUCCUUUUGUGUAUCACUUUUGAUGUUUGGCAUUUCCGUCGCGGGUCUAAUGAUUGCGUCCGUCAACCAAAGUCCCGGCAACCGAUCUUCCUCCAUGGACACAGCGGUAUUCAUCCUCGGUCUCAUCUUCCCAGUCGCCAAUCUCUUCCGUGCUAUGGUUGUCGGCCUCAACGUCUGGGCCGCAGGAUGUCGUGGUGAUGCAGUGAUAAGCUACCCAGGUAACAUCCACGCAUAUGGUGGCCCGAUUCUUCUUCUCUGUAUUCAAAUCGCGUACCUGUUUGCUCUUCUACUAUUGCUCGAUAGAAGAACAUGGACACUUCGAAGUCUGUGGGCAGAGCAUAUCGUGUCGUUGUAUCAGAGGAAGAGGAUGAACGUGAAGGAUGCUCACAUCGAGAUGGCGCCGAUGAAAGAGUGUCGAGGUAUGACAGGGAACUUGGUCGAUGUUGAUCAUAUUCAUAAGUCUUUUGGAGGUAAUGUUGCUGUUGAUGGUGUAUCUCUCACGAUGGCGAAGGGAGAGCUACUUGCACUUCUCGGACCCAACGGCGCUGGUAAGACGACUACCAUCAACAUGAUGCGAUGCGAAGUUCGUCCCGACUACGGCAACAUCUACAUCAAAGGCGUGGACAUGCAGAAGGAUAUUCGAGCAGGUCGUCAGAGCAUCGGCUACUGCCCACAGUUCGACGCCUUGGAUCAGAUCACCGUGCGCCAACAGCUCGCUUUCUACGCUCGUGUAAAGGGCAUUCCAGAUGUACAGAGGAACGUCAACUUGGUCAUGUCCAAGGUUGGACUUCGACCUCAUGCCGAUAAGCUGACGUCUCGACUAUCUGGUGGUAACAAGCGGAAGCUGAGCUUGGCUAUUGCACUACUAGGUAACCCACCGAUUCUCAUCCUUGAUGAACCAAGUUCAGCAAUGGACCCUAUAGCCAAGCGCGACAUGUGGGCUAUGCUCUCAUCCAUCUCAUCAAGUCGCUCAGUUCUCUUGACGACACACUCGAUGGAAGAAGCAGACAUGCUAGCAACCCGCGUCGCAAUCCUCUCCAAACGCAUCCUCGCCGCCGGCACAAUCCAAGAACUCCGCAACAGGCACAGCAACUCCUACGAAGUACAUUUGGUCUUAGAAUCAGCACCAUCCUCUGACCAGCUUGAAAUGCAAAAGGUGGAAGCGUGGAUUCGCCAGACAUUUCCAGGUGCCAACUUCAGAGGGCUGAGCCUAGGUGGACAAUUUCGGUUCAGCAUCCCGGCGAAUAAUAGUGCCGAUGAAGCUUUUGCGGCAUCUCAGAAUAGAAAAGGACAGGUUGUGGAGGUGAUUGAGUCUUUGGAGCAGCAUAAGAGGAGUAUGGGGGUUGCUCAUUAUACUGUUAGUAUGGGAACUUUGGAGAUGAUAUUCUUGAAGAUCAUUGAGGAGUACAUUUUGUAUUAG